AUGCCCGAACAACAACAGCCUCUGCCCAAGCUCAAAGAAAAGAGGGCUUCAAGCACGAUAGCAAAUGACUCCCCAGCAGCUUCUCUUCCGGAGGUCCACAUGCAUCUCCCUCCGCUGCCGAAGGUCAUGAUAGAGCCGAAAAGGAAUGUACACUGGAAUACCACAAAUUUGGGGCUGCGACUGGGUGCGGACUUCACUUCUGCUGCAAGUGCUGCCGUCUUGGUUGCACCGAUCAUAACCAUCAUAGACAGUAUCUAUGGCUGCUCUGCCGAUUCUCCUCCAAUAUCGCUGGCGACCGUGGCUUUACUGACGGCCAUAUCAACGGACAGGUCGAUCGUCGAGAAAGCCGCAAACGGCUCAUCCUUCUCGUCCUGCUUUCUGCGCUCCCUCCGCCCUGCGAUCACCCGACCACACCAGUUCAUCUUCAGCAGACCAUUCCUCCUGGUCUUCAGUCUCUACUUUGCGACAUACUCCACCGCAAAUACAGUCGACACCUUCCAAUCGACAGUGACCUCCAAGCCUGCAUCGGCAGUGACGCCCAGCACGAGCAAGUUCCUAGCCACAUCGUCCGUCAACACGAGUCUGUGCGUAUACAAGGAUUCGUGCUUCGCGCGAAUGUUUGGCGCGUCCUCUCCAGCCGCCUCCGUGUCACUCGCAGCCGUCGUGCCGAAGCUAUCGUACGCGCUCUUCGCCGUGCGUGACUGUCUCACCAUCUUUGCCUCGUUCAACUUACCCUCCAUGAUCGCGCCGAGGCUCGCAAAUCUGCCACCGGAGGUACAAUCCCGGCUGUCGCGCAUUCUGUCGACAGAGUCGGGACGGACCAAUACGGCCCAGUUCCUGGCCCCGGCGGCUAUUCAGCUGAUUUCGACGCCAAUCCACCUGCUUGGCUUGGAUCUGUACAACAGACAGGGCCGUCUCGGGUUCGGUCAACGUUAUUCUCGGAUCGUCAGGGAUUGGGGCGUUAGUGCUUUUGCGCGAAUGGGGCGGAUAGUCCCUGCCUUUGGAGUUGGUGGUGUCGUUAAUGCUAAUAUGCGGAAGAGCUUCAUGGCCAAGCUCGAAAACUAA